AUGGAUCCUUACAAUCCUUUUCAUCAUUCAUCAAGUAAUCUUGAUCAUCAGUCAUCAAGCUAUCUUGAUCUUCUUCAGAGUCAAGUAGAAGGUCAACAGCAGGAAAACUCUUGUUAUGAGAGUUUUCCUCAUGCCUUCAAUCUAGCUUCAGAACACAAUAUUUCCUUCUCACAACCUUCUGACCACACCCCUGCUUCUCAAGACACACCUGACAACCGCAAAGAGAGGAAGAAAUGGAUCCCCUCUGAUGAUGAAGUUCUGAUAUCCGCUUGGCUGAAUACUUCGAAGGACAACAUUGUGGGGAAUCAACAGAAAGGAGGUUGCUUUUGGAAGAGGGUGGGGGAGUACUAUGCAGCUUCUCCAAAGUCCUCAGAGAGAGGUGAAGAGGCCCUGAAGGUUAAUUGUAAGCAACGGUGGCAUAAAAUUAAUGACUUUGUAAACAAGUUCUGUGCUGCUUACUCAACUGCUGAGAGACAAAAUACUUCUGGCCACUCACAAAAUGACGUUCUCAGGGUGGCACAUGAGAUCUACCAUUCCGACCACAAGUUAAGAUUCAACAUGGAACACUGUUGGUGUCUUCUUAGGUAUGAACAGAAGUGGCUGUCUCUUAAUAUGGGGAAUACUUCUACACCUAAAGGGUCAACAAAGAGGAAGCCAGCUGAAGAAGCAUCGCAAGAGGCAAGUAGCAAUGUCCAAGACACUGAGAUGAGGCCUGAGGGUGUGAAGGCUGCUAAGACUAAAAAGAUUAGUGCUCAAGGAAAGGCCCUAGCUGAUUAUAAAAGCAUGUGGGAGAUAAAGAAAGAGGAGAUGGCUGAAACAGAAAAACUCCAAAAACUUGCUAUCUUAGAUACCCUUCUGGCUAAGAAGGAACCCCUAAGUGCUUCUGAUGAAGCUAUCAAGGACAAGAUAGUUAAUCAGUAUUUCUGA